UUCAAAUAUUUCAUAAGAUAUUUUUCAAAACUAAAAUCAUGAUUUAUGUUGUGUGUACGAAACCUCUUCGUACGAAUGUUGAAGUAAAUAAAGAUGUCUGAAUACGACAAUGUCUGUCGAGGUUCAUUAAAAUUAAAGCGUGUUUCAGAUCAUAAAAUUAAAAAGAAGAAGAAAAGGAAGGAUAAAGACAAGGAGCUUGACAAGUACCUGCAGAGUCUGGCAGAGACGCCCGGUACAUCAGAGCAGCAGCCUGCCCAAAGGGCUGACACACGGACCAAGGCUGAGAUUGCCUUUGAGAAGAGGAAGGAGAAGAAGAUGGCCCAGCAAAUCCUGGAGAGGGCAACAAAAAGUCACAAAGAAAGAAUUGUAGAGUUCAACCAGCACCUUGACAAUCUCACUGAGCACUUUGACAUCCCCAAAGUGAGCUGGACAAAGUGAGGGACAUUUGGGUCAUGGUGGGACACAAGCUGUGUGUGGAAGGAAGAACUCUCAGCUUCUGUGUUCAGUGAUCACUUAAUGGCUAUGCUUUUAGCACUGUUAAAUAAUUUAUAUUUGUCAGCGUUACAUUUUGUGAGUUUUCAAAAAAUGUUUUGUGGACAUGGAUUUCUGAUUUUGAAAAAAAAGGUAUUUGCGUUGGUAAUUUUCCGAUAUAUUAAACUCGUUGAUCGGGCAACCCACAAAAUCCACAAAAAAAGAAUGUUGUACGAAUUAUAAUGAUUUUACAGUAUAUGUAAACACUAUUUGUAUGUAGACGAUAGUUUGAAAGAUGAAUCAGCCUUAAAGUCCAAACGCACAUUCUCGGCCCUUUCCGUCAAACAUCGGAUAAGUACCUCGAAGGAGAUAGUAUGAAUACACAUUUUGGAAGCGGUUUUGCGGUCUACCUACGCGGGCCUACGCGAAUCAAAAUUACAUAGUAAAAACAAACAUGGCCGGUUUUGCGAGUUGUUUACAUUUUGCAAAGAUGAAAAUGGGGAUUUUCUAUGCUCUGAAGCCAGAGCAAGUACAAACUCUACAGGAAUUAUGGACGCCGUCGUUGUUAUUGUUUUUGUUGUUGUAACAUUCUUAGAAUGGUAGCACGUGGGCGGACUACUUUCAACCCGUAUUUCUCCCGAGUCCGAUUAUGAUAAUCUGCGAGGGGUACUGAAUGCCUUAAAGUCUUGGAUUUGAGGUUUAUCUUGCAAAACUGGGCUUAAUACUUGUGCAUAAAGUGUCGUCCCAGAUAAGACUGUUAAAUCUGCUCAAGCUAAUCAGCAACAACUCUUUCAACUGUAAUGGAUUUUUUGUUAAGGUUGUCUCAUCUGAGCAAAAAUCCCGUUUAGGUGGAUAGUGUCAUCACUGAUUAGCCCGUACAGGCUGCAUAUGCUAAUCUUGAACGAAACUUUAUGUACAUACAUUAAGCUCCCUUAGCCCAGAGCAUGGCUCAUUUGUUUUCACCUGUUAUAUUGACAUAGGUCUUAGGUAUAUGAUGUGUUGGCCCAUAGGUGUGUAUAUAAAAUACAAAUUAACACAUACUAGUAGCAUCAGAAUUGGCUUAGCUCUGCUUCUGCAAUUGAUUUACAAAUUGGUGCACACUGUUAUUAUUCCUUUCUGAAUUUGUCCACUUGGAUUUUUUUAUAAUUAUUAAUGCUGCAUGUAUCUCAUUGAUCAGAUGAUAAAACUUGUAUGCAAUUAUUUUUACUUAAUUUGAAUUGUUUGUACUGUGUUUUCGGGUAUUGUAAUUAUAUUAUUAACUAACAUUUAUUUCUUCAACUGUUUAAAUGAAAAUGGUGUGUUGUAAAAUAAUGUCUAUUGUCAUGCUCUGUCUUACAAGUUUCACAUUUUGAAAUGUAUGUUUGUAAUUAAAUAAAAUUAACAUAAA